GCUCAGUACUGCUCUUUGCCGGUGGAAGAUUGGUUGGACAGCGGGUGCCAUUUGGCGCAGUUUUGAGCUACAUCCGUUGAUAAAGGCAUUCGUUUAUUUAUUUAUCGUUGUAUUUUUAACUAAUCUCGCAGUCAAGCCGUCACAAUGAGUGAAAUUAACGUCAAAAAGCUUAAAGUUAACGAGCUGAAGGACGAGCUGAAAAAGCGUAAUCUGUCGGACAAGGGGCUGAAGGCCGAGCUGAUGGACCGCCUGCAGGCCGCGUUGGACAAGGAGGCCCUGGCUGGGGACUCUCCGGUCGACCAGGAAGCAGGGGCGGACGAUGGCUUCGGUCAAGCCACCGAGCAAGAGGGAAUGGGAGAGGAGGAACAGGGCGAUGCGCUGGUAGAGGAGAGCAUGGAGGCCAACGAGGACGAGGGGGAACCGGAGAACGGAGGCGACGGCAAUGGCGUUGCCGAGGACGAGGAGAUGGGUGAGGGGGAAGAAGACGGGGACGGGGACGGGGACGAAGACGACGAGAUGGACCCCAUGCUCAAGGGAGACGUUGAUGACAUGGAGAAAAUAGAGGCGGAGGACGGUGAGCCCGGGGACCAGGCUGCUGAGGGGGAUGCGGACAAAGACACGAAUGCUGAUCAGAAGAAUAAGAAGGGUGUUAAGAGACGCCGGGAGGAACAUGGAAGGGGCUACUUUGAAUUUAUUGAAGAGAACAAAUACAGCUGGGCCUCAUUUAAGUCUCCUGUGCCCCCCUUGGAGGAAGAAGAUGAAGAGUUUGAUGACACAAAAGUCUGCCUGGAUACCUACAAUUGUGACCUGCACUUCAAGGUGUCACGGGACCGUUACAGCGCCUCAUCUCUCACCAUGGAGAGCUUUGCUUAUCUCUGGUCCGGAGGCAAGGCCACGUACGGUGUGAACAAAGGAAAAGCCUGUUUUGAGAUGAAGAUCACUGAGAAGAUUCCGGUGAAGCACAUUUCCAGCAAGAACAUGGAGAUUCAUGACGUGCAGGUCGGCUGGUCGCUGUCAACAGGCACACUGCUGCUUGGUGAGGAGGAGAUUUCCUACGCCUACUCUGGGAAAGGCAAUAAGACCACCAACUGCGUAACCGAGGACUUUGGAGAAACUUUUGAGGAGAACGAUGUCGUCUGCUGCUUGAUUGACUUUGAGGGUGAGGAGGUGAUUCUCUCCUUCUCCAAGAACGGCGCGGAACCGGCUGUGGCCUUCCAGGUCACCAAGAGUACUCUGGAUGGCCAGGCUCUCUUCCCCCACGUCAUCUGCCACAACUGUGCUGUGGAGUUCAACUUUGGCCAGAUGGAGACUCCAUAUUUCCCCCAGCCCGAGGGCUACACCUUCCUGCAGCAGAUCCCAGUCAGCGACCGAGUCCGGGGGCUCAAAGGUCCACAGACCAAGGCAGACUGUGAGAUCAUCGUGAUGGUUGGUCUGCCAGGCUCAGGGAAGACUACAUGGGUCAAGAACCAUGUCCAAGAGAAUCCUGGGAAAUACUACAUCCUGGGCAGUGACACCAUUGUGGACAAGAUGAUGAUCAACAGCCUGAAACGUCAGUCCAAGGACAUCACAAAACUAACCGCCAUUUCCCAGCGAGCACCACUUUUCUUGGGAAAGUUCAUUGAGAUUGCCGCCCGUAAGAAGAGGAACUACAUCCUGGAUCAUACUAACCUGUCUGCCCCCGGCCAGAAGAGGAAGAUGUGUUUGUUCGCAGGCUUCCAGCGUAAGGCUGUGGUGGUUUGUCCUUCUGAUGACGACUUCAAGCAGAGAGUCCAGAAGAAAGUUGAGACUGAUGGCAAGGAAGUGCCGGAGCACGCUGUGCUGAAAAUGAAAGGCUUCUACUCUCUGCCUGAGGUAGGAGAGAGCUUCAGUGAGGUCAUCUACGCCGAGCUGCAGAAGGAGGAAGCUGCCAAGCUCCUGGAACAGUACAAAGAGGAAAGCAAGACGGCCCUGCCUGCUGAGAAGAAGCCCAACCAGGGAAGCACCACACCGAAAAGAGGCGGCGGCCUGCGCGGUGGUGGUCGCGGGGGCAAGAACCAGUUUGGCCGUGGCGGACCUGGACAGAGAGGCGGUGGCCGUGGAGGCUUCCAGAACAGGGGAAACUUUAGAGGAGCUCCUGGCCCACGUGGUGGCUUCAACCGUCCUCCUCGUGGCUUCCUGCCUCCCCCUGCCUUCAGAGGAGGAUUCCCCAACCGUGGAAACUUCAACCGAGGUGGAGGCCACAUGCCUAGCCUGGGCGGAUCUCCCAGGGGCGGACCAAUGAGGGGCAACAUGGGCCCCAGAGGAGGACCCAUGAGCAGAGGUGGCCCAAUGAACAGGGGAGGCAUGAGCAGGGGAGGUGGAGGCAACAUGAAUCGUGGCGGAAACAGGGGACAUCCCGGCCAGUUUCAGCAGAGAGGUGGUGGCCGUGGCAACUUUGGCAACAAGAACAGCGGCAACUUCGGUAACAACAGGAACAGUGGCAACUUUGGCAACAGGAACGGCAUGGACAAGGCCCAAGCCUUCAACCAGAGCUGGCAGCAAGGGUUCUGGAACCAGAAGCCUUGGAGCCAGCAGUAUCAGCCUGGAUAUUACUAAGACACUUGUUCUAAUGGACUGGUGGCCGACCCUGAGAUAUCCACCACUUGCCACGGAACAUCCCUGUACCCCGCUGUUUGAUUUCCUUUCCAUAGAACCCACUUUUAAUCAUCACAAACCCACCAACUUACAACAAAGACUAAAGCAACAUGGAGCAACAACAUUCCAUCCGAGCAAAGACCAGGCAGCGCGAGUGUAAUUGGAGCGUUAUGAAUCAAAAUAUCAGAAUAUACAUGUACAGUGUGGGUUCACGCAAUCAUCGGUUAUUUUAGUUUUUGUUGUAUAUUUCAUUAUCUUUUCCACCACUUUUAAUGACAUGCUUUUAAAAAAAAAAACCUGUAACGUCCCAAAAUUCUCAAAAUGUUGCUGUCCAGCAGAUAUGAUUUAUUUUUGUUUUUUCCUUUUAAUUUUUUCAGGGUUGUGCAUUUUAUCUGUGCUGUGACUUUUGUUUUUUGCUUUUUUAUUACAAAUUGUAAAUAUUCUUUUUUUUUUUUUUUCGUGUAGUUUGUAUAAGAAGCUUAAGAGACCCUAACGAUUUAAAGGAACCUUGGCUUCUUGGCAGGGAGCAUGAUGGUCGAUCAUAUUAUUAGACUGUACGUGUCCAUAGAGUCAAAGCAGCAGGUAAAUUACAGCAAGUUUUUGUCUUUUGUUCCCAAUAUCUAAUCUGUAACAUAACCUCCAUAGACCUACAAUAAACAACUUGUUGGCUUUUUUACAUUCUUCCUGGCUUAUGACUUUUAAUUCAGUUCAAAGGUGUGUUAAAGACCUUUGUACGGGCUGUGGCCUGGUUUGCUACUUCAAACAAAAUGGCUACAGGCCCCAUUUGGCGCCUCAUUAGUUAAGUAUUCCCUUCAAGUGUCUAGUUUUUGAUACGUCAUUCCUUCUCCUUUAGUUAUUCUAAUGUAUAUUGCUCUGAGGAAGUGUUUUGGCCAAGCCACUUUUAAGGAUAGAAGUAAGACAUUAUUAGUAAUGCACUAUGCCUUUUUAUUCGUAUGUUUUUAAUUUAUAUUAAGAUUAGGGCACUGACUAUGCUUGACUCUCAGGAGAAAGUUUGUUUUCUAGUUUGUCUUUGUCAACGGUUCCUUUAGUGCAGUAGACUUCUGAGAAAAGUGCAGAUCAGUCCUUUUAAUUAAACGCAAAAUCAUGGCGGAAUUAGACUUUUUAGUGCAUGUAUUUAUGUUAAAGCCACUUUUUAAAUUUCAAACAAACUUCUGACUCUACUAGCUCAGCGCAGAAGUGCUAGAAAGCAGACGGGGUUGCUCAUUUUCACCAGCAAACCAAAAGGGCUACGCAGUAUCACAAAUACUUCCAUCACCGGCACCACCCCCCCAAGUUCAACAAGAUUCCCCCCCCCUUCUUUUUCUUUCUUUUUUUUCUCCUUUAAAAAAAAUUCAUGAAAAAAAAAUUUAACUAUUUUUCACUACAACAACUUACCAAGUCAGCUUGAAAACAAGAGACUAAGCGGUCCAAGAGUUCAUGUUUGUGACUGUGUGGCCCGGCAAUAAUGGCAGCUCCCCAUCCCAACGGCUCGUAGUGCGUCCUGGCACCCAGCUUACGUUUCAAGCUCUAGAACAAAAAUAAAAUUAUUACACUAGAUCAGAAAGAUUCCAGUGGUAUGUGUCCAUUGCUUUUAUUUCUAUCUGCCCGUGUUGAUAUCUAUUAAACGUGUAAAUACUAAUUCAGCCAUGCAAGAAUGUUCAUUAACCAGUUGACUGAGUAAUAAAUGUGUUGUGGUUAAGAAAGUAUUAGUCUGCCCGCGUACUGCUGUGUGAUGAAUCUAUUUAAAUGUCUUGGAGAGUUCGUGCCCUCCUUUUUCUUUCUUUUUUUAUUGUACUGGAUACAUAAAUCUAGCCGAAUGCAAGCUUUGAGUUUACAGUGUAAUCUAUGAUACAACAGACACUAUAUUUUUAUCGCUUUGUGUUGCAGGUUGUAUAUCAGGUCUUUUACUAUUAAACCAACAGUGCGAAAGCUUUGAGACUUUUUGAGAUUUGUUGUCUUUUCUAUCUGACCGUUUUUAAUAUUUGUGUUUAAAAAUUGGAAUUGUAUUUUUUUUUGUCUCUAUUAAAGUUAAAGAAGCUGGUA